UUAACCGAUAUUUUUUCUUUUGAAUUGUAUUCUGUCGCUUAAGUACACCCAAAACAACAAACCUAAAAUUGUACAAUUUAACCCACACAAAACCCAAGCAAAAUGUCCAAUAAUAUCGAUUACCAGCAGAACACUGACUUUGACCAGAACAUGGCAUCGCCCUCGCAGGCCAGUCCGCUGGCGGGAGCAGCCGUAACCGGAGCUGGCGGUGGUUCCAGCAGCAGCAGUCAGAAGGCAUCCGCUGCUGCAGCCGCUUCCAGUUCGAGCGGUGCACCCGAUACGGCUUCGCAAAUUCUCACGAAACCUCGCCUUCAGGAGCUGGUCCGUGAAAUUGAUCCCACGGAACAGUUGGACGAGGAAGUGGAAGAACUGCUGCUGCAGAUUGCAGACGACUUCGUUGAGAAUACGGUCAAUGCGGCGUGCCUGCUGGCCAAACAUAGGAAGGUCGCCAAGGUGGAGGUUCGCGAUGUGCAGCUACAUCUAGAACGCAACUGGAAUAUGUGGAUUCCAGGAUUCGGAACGGAUGAGUUACGACCGUAUAAGCGAGCUACCGUGACGGAGGCCCACAAACAGCGACUAGCGCUGAUACGAAAGGCAAUCAAGAAGUAUUAGAUGUGUACCUAUACCGUUUAGAAUUUCCUCAACUUUUCACCCAUCAUGUUCCGCAAUUAAAUCGAUGUCCCCAACCAACUAAAUAA